AUGCCGCACUUCCUGCGAGACUUGCCUUGGCAUGUGCGACAGCUCGUCUACCGCUACUUCAUUCGAGGCGAGGUUGUCCGCUAUGUCGUCGACAUCCUCUUGACGAACAGGCAAAUCCAUCUCGAAAGUCACCGAUGGCUUGUCGAGGAGGCGACGGUCGAUGCUUCGGACCAACUCAUACACUCAUUCGUCAAAGGCGCGCCAUACUUCAGCACCACCGUCUUGCCCGAGAUCAGGUACCUACAACUACGAUUCCACGGAGACGCGCUGAAGCGCGCCGGCGUGAUCCUGCCACAUGCCAGAAGUCUGCGCACGCUCGAGAUCAAUGCAAAUGAUGACACAGAUCUUGAUUUCAACUUCUACACCCCUCACACUGCAGAUGGCUUUCAGCUCACCACCAACGAUCUGGACUCAAUCAGACGAGACCGCGACCGACUAUGUGGCAAGGGCGUAAGCUUGCAAGGGCCGGACUUCUAUGACGAGGGUCUACUGGCAGUCUUCUAUUAUUGGUUGACUGCGAACACUCAAUACGAUUUGAUCUUGGUCUCAGGGGUCGUCCUGCGCAAAAUCAACGACGAGAAGCCAUUUCAAGCUGAGGUCUGGAUUGCGCGAACGAACUACUCGACCGAAACGAUGACACUGACUAGAGACUCUACGGAGGAAUUGGAGCAUGUGGUUCAACUCCCUGGUAUCAUGGCACGAAUCAGGCAGCUGGUGGCGGAGAAGGAGUAUUGA